AGUGCAUCAGAGCGGCUCACCUGUGUGUGGAUGACCGUCCUCUCGUCGCCUCGGUGAACCCAGCCCGUUCUGCUUUGGAGAACCUCUCGGGCUCCUCCAGAUGUGAUGACCUUCUGGCGUGGACCUCGGUCUUCAGGUACAGAGAAACCCGAUCCAGCAUGGAGUGGAGGCGGGCUGCUCUGGUCGGCCUCAUCAUGGCGGCGUGUUUCUGCAGCAGCGGCGCUCAGACAACAGUCUGUACCGAAGAGGCCGUGGCAGACAUCGUCUUCCUGGUCGAUGGCUCGUGGAGCAUCGGCGCCGAGAACUUUGAGCAGAUCCGCCAGUUUCUGUUCACGCUGGUCGAUAGCUUUGAUGUCAGCCCUGAUCACGUCCGCAUCGGCCUUGUCCAGUACAGUGACAAUCCACUCACAGAGUUUCUGCUCAACACCUUUGAGAACAAGGACGACAUCCUCAACAACAUCAUCAAACUGCCUUACAGGGGGGGCGGCACCAUGACCGGUAAAGGCUUGGAAUUCAUGUCGAACGAACACUUUGUGGGGAAAGCUGGAAGCCGAGCUGCGCAGAAAGUGCCGCAAAUUGCUGUGGUGAUCACUGAUGGCAAAUCCCAAGACGAUGUAGAGUCUCAUGCUAAGAACCUGAGGAGAAGAGGGAUUGUUUUGUAUGCAAUUGGUAUCAAAGAUGCAGAUGCAAGCCAGCUGAGGGAGAUUGCAAAUGACGAUCAGCAUGUUUACAGUGUGUCAGAUUUUGCAGCGCUGCAGGGAAUUUCUCAGAACAUCAUCCAGACGCUAUGCACAACUGUAGAAGAAGCCAAACGACAACUCCUGCAACUGUCUCCAGAAUGUGCCAGAGCCACCGUGGCAGACAUCGUCUUCCUGGUUGACAGCUCAACUAGCAUUGGCGUUGAUAACUUUGAGGAAAUUAGGCAGUUUCUCCGAAGUUUCAUUUUAGGCCUUGACAUCGGCCCUGACAAAAUUCGGAUUGGCUUGGCUCAGUAUAGCGACGAGACCUACCAGGAGUUUCUGCUGAAAGAUCACAUGGACAAGGAUUCUCUGCUGGCUGAAGUCGAUCAGUUUCCAUAUCGAACAGGAGGCACAGAAACAGGAAAGGCCAUUGACUUCCUCCAGUCAGUGUACUUCACUCAGGAGGCAGGGAGCCGGGCGAGCCAGCGAGUUCCUCAGUUUGCUGUAGUCAUCACAGACGGGGACUCCACGGAUGACGUAGUCGAGCCCGCCAAGCGCCUGCGCGAUCAAGGAGUUAUCAUAUUUGCCAUUGGGGUGGGAGAUGUUAACAAGCAGCAGCUCGAGUCUAUCGUAAACCUACCUGCACACCACUUCCUUUACACUAUCGAUAGCUACCAGGCUCUACAGCGGCUAACAGACAGUCUGCUGCAAACUGUAUGCAUCUCCGUGGAGAGUCGGAGUCAAGCGUUGGCAGAAAAGUUUGCAGACAUUUUCUUCCUGGUGGACAGUGGCAUCAGUCAAGCAGAUUUCCAGCAGGUCAGAACCAUCCUGGUCCGACUGGUCAAUCAACUCAACAUUGGAGCUUCUGGCAACCGUCUCGGACUGGCCCAGUACGGUACGGUUACCAAAGUGGAGUUUCUCCUUAAUGCUUUCCAACCUUUCCAGAUCAGUUUUGGGUCUGGUGUUGCUGCUGAGCCCGUUCUCAUCCUCUGGACGUCCAAUGGAAACACCUCCGAGCAUCAGCCUCGCAUCCCUGUGGAUGAGCGGGGUUACUGCUGUGAUGGGGCAAAAGCUCAGCCUGCUGCCAGGAUGCACGAAGAGGCAAAGACCGAGCAGCAAUUAGGACUGACCCUGGAGGAGAUUAGCGACCUCCACAGAUCCACAUCUUGA